AUGGCGAACCUCAGAUCAAGGGGCAACCUGACGUGCUUUUACUGCGGCAAACGCUCCUCGCUUUCGAAGAAUGGCGAAAUCACCGAUCCUCCUGUUGCAUCAACAACCUCAACAACUCAGCCCACACAAUACGCCAUACCACGGUCGCAGUCCCCCGAGCCAGCGGCGCAAGCACAAAGCAUAUUCUGUUCGACAUGUCUCAAGAACCAACAUCUAUUCACCGCAUCCCUGGCGCAGUAUCUCCCGGAAGAUCCCGAUCAUCCCGAAAACGCGCAGCUCGAGAAGAAUUACUACAAGUUUCGACGACGGCUCGAAGAGCGGUACCCGCAAAUAUGUACAGACUGUGAACCCAAGGUCCUGGCUCAGGUGCAGCAUGCUGGCUAUACUGCGCGGACCGAUCAUCUGCGGCGCAUGAUGGAGAGGAGUAGGCAGCGGCGCGCCUCGCCGAAACGAUGGACCGCUCUCGACAUGGCUGACACACUUGGACGGUGGUUUUGGCUCGCUGGGUUGACGGGCCAGUUGCUCUGGCACUUCGCGAUAAUGGCCGAUGCGCUGUCGAUCACGACAACUGGGCCUUUGCGUGACCCAGACGAGCUCCCACCAGCAUGGACUUCCGUCCUCCGCGGGAUGACAGAUGCCCUCCCUCAAUCUUCUGUGUUGGUACGCAUGAGUUUCUGGGCCAACCUGCUCUGCAUUUGGUGGAACCCAAAAUUCGCCCAGGUCUUCCGCGGCUUCUCAAAACAUAUCCACGGUCUUCCCCAGUGGUAUAUUUUUCAAGGACUGGUCCUGCUAGUGCGAUUUCUCGGUGUUAAGAUAACCGGUUUUGCUGGUGCCGGAGAAGGUCGCACCAGCGCUCAAAUCAGUCUACACGCGUUGCUUGCCUUUGUGGUUGUCGUUCUCUACGCACUCGCGCAAAAGUCAGUACAUGUUGACACAACACCACUGUUCCCGUCUUCCUCGACGCCUUUGGCACUUUCGCCAGCCCGGCCUCGGGACAUUGCGAUAGAGACCGGCACAGGGACAAAGAGCCUGUCAAAUCUACUCGAUGACAUACUCCGCGAGACGCCAAAAGCGUCGAUGGUGAUACCAACGAGGCCAAGUCCCUCGCCUAAAGAAGCCACCUCGCCUAACCCAGAGUUGCAACCAAUUUCUGGGAUCAGCUCCCUUGGCCUUUCUACUGCCGCCGCUCCUGUGCAAUACUCGGAAGAGAUGGAAUGGUCUCCCACGCAGUCUAAGCAUCGUGCUUUCAAUGACUUUGGUACACCUGGACGCCAAAGCCAAGCAUUUGGCGACUCUCCCACGAACCCCUCGGCUAGUCCAUUCUGGUACAAGGUGCCGCCCGCGCCGACAACUCCAGCGGAAAGACUGCGCAAGGCUUCCAACCCUAUUCUCAGGAGCAAGCCUGUAGGGCCAGAAGCUGUGUUCUUCCCGACGAACAGUCAGCCGUUGAACACAGGCGCUCGCACAAGUGAUAGCAACAAGUCGAAGCGCAAGGUGUCUUUCGCGCAACCAUCAUUCUUUGCUUCGCCCAAGUCCAAUUCCAGCGAUCCACGGAGCACGCUGGCUGACAUGUUAGGUUCGAGCUUCAACCUCAGCCAGGACGGAGACUCCGACCAAGACAGUGCAAACAGGGAGAGACCAGAAAUAGAGAUGAAGAUGAUUCGGCCGCUGAGGAACCCUGCAGCUCGCGACCGUUUCAUAGAUAUAUUUACCCUAGGCAGCCUUAUCGCAUCCUGGCUGCAUGUAACGUCGGCACCGCACACCUACACCUGGGAUGUGAUGCUCGGUUCCAUGGCGCUCAGUGUCGCUGUCGCUCUGCACCUGACCAGCGACGCAUUUUAUGGGUUCCGAAUCGGCCAGAUACCUCGCCAGCUUGCCAUGGCCAACUCGAUUUUGGGCGUUGCUGAGGUGGCGGCAGCUUGCAUACUGUCAUUUCAGGUUUGGGCUACGCCGCGAGGCGAUGAACGCGAGGCGUUCGGCGUGCAAGGUCUGGUGGUGAUGAGUCUGAUGCUCUGCCAUGGGCUGGUCAACAUGGCAGUCUAG